GAGGUCCAUAAGUCUACAAUACACAGUGUAGAGUGAGUGAGACAAGCCGCUGAUAGGAACGCCAACAAAAGCUCACAGUACUAUCACGUGACAUACAACCACAGUUGCGAUGUUGGCAUUCCGAGGUCGCCGUGGACAUCACAAUGAUAUUGAUGUGAACAAUUCUCCGCACGAUACGGUUGCCUGAGGCUACCUAGUAUCUCUCUCCUCCCCACGCCACCGAAAACGUCUUCAAGAAUAUUGACUAUUCCCAUAAUCAGCCGUUCCAUACCACGGUGACAACAUGAAUACUGUUGAAAAAGACUUGAUUUCACAACCUCAUCAUCUAGGUGAUCGAUUGACGAUUCAAAAGCCUCUAUCUAGGAGAGGUAGAGGUCCAGGGUUAUUAAUCCUAACACCAGAGAGUUACACCUCACGAACUGAUCGCAAAACACUUGAUCCAGAGCCGAUUCAAAAAUGGGCAGAAGAAAGUUUUGUUGUUGUGAAUGUUACAAUUCCUGAGCAUGCAUUGAAAGCUGGUGAAGCGGAUUUGCAAGCUUGCCUGGAGUCGGGUAUAAAAGCUCUAAAGUCUUCACCAGAAUGUACCGAUUCUGAUAAAUUGGGACUCAUUUUCUAUGCUGAAAACUUGGAUAAAAACAUGCACACUGAUUCUGUCUUGAAAUUGUUGCUCGGAGGAGUUUUUUCAGUCGCAAUUUUCUUCACUAAUGAUACCAAACAACUGACUGAAAAACUUACGCACAAAUCUGUAUCUCCAUUGAUGGUUCACAGCUCCGCGGCCCUACAAGGCCCUCAGUUGAGAUCUGAAGAUAUUUCUCAUGUGUAUGCCACAACAAAGUCGACAAACUUUAUCCUCCCUAGUCAUAAUCACUAUGAUCCCGGGAGUGCGGGUGUAGCACAUACGAGAAGUCUUGGUUUCAUCAAAAAACACCUGGGUGGACCUGUCUUUGAUCUUGAAGCUAUUUGGGAUGAGCAUACACUCUAUGAAUUCGGGGAACGGAAUGUUAAGAAAACAAUGGGUACUAUGGUUGAUCAACCAUAUGUAAAUCAUAUUCCAACAAUGACUGGUGGAAUUGGAAGAGGACCUCUAACAGAUUUUUACACCAACCACUUUGUUUUUAAUAACCCGGAAGACACGAAGCUCGAACUUGUUAGUCGGACAGUUGGUGUUGACCGCGUUAUUGAUGAAUUCGUUUUCAGUUUCACGCAUGAUAGAGUGAUAGAUUGGAUUCUCCCUGGAGUUCCGCCAACUCACAAAUAUGCACGGAUCCCAUUUACUUCUGUGGUGAAUGUUCGUGGUGAUCGUUUAUAUCAUGAACAUAUUGCCUGGGAUCAAGCCACAGCCCUCCGUCAGCUCGGUCUCUUACCUGAGUAUCUUCCAUUCCCAUAUCCUCUUCCAGAUGGCCGAUUGCCUGCCAAGGGAAAGCGAUUCGAAUAUCGAGUUCCAACUGCUGGUGUAGAAACUGCUCAGAAAUUGGUCAAUGAAAGUAGUGUGGCGAGUAACGGAUUAUUUGGAUUUGACAUUCGAGAGGUAGAUGAUGUAUGAAGAAGAUCGUGUUUUAAUUUGACCUUAAAGGCAGAUCUUAGAGGCUGGUUGAAUUUCAAUAGUUGAGAGAUACACCACAAAAGGUAGCGUCGAUUUAAUUACCAUGCAGCUUGAGCGUUUAUGCCCGAUUGCAAGUUGCUUCAUCGAAAUUCAAAUAUUUGAAGAUUUGUUACUGGACGUUCUUCUUGGAGCGAUAUUGCCUCUGCAUCCGUUUUCCUAUUCGGACAACACUUGCCUAUAAACUGAUAACUUACCGGAUCAGGUUCUGAAACUUCGUACAAGUCCGUGCUAUUGGUCUUUCUAGUAAUAAUAAGUAUUAUCUUCGUACCUUUGCUAUACA